AUGGCCGAACAAGGCGUCGCUGCAGACAUCAGCGCACCGUCUGGCGUCAGCACAGGAGUGGCUGCAGGCCGUGAUACCGCUUCGACAACGCGCUCGGAUGCGACGGACCCGCAUUCGGUGCUGGUAGCAACGCUGCGAUUGCAGAUUGCCGACCUGCAUUCACAGGUCUCUGGUCUCAAUUCGAAGCUAGUACAAUCCUACGAUCGUCUGGGCAACCUCGAGGACGAGCUGCACCAUCAUACAGAGCAAAAUGUCGCGCUCAGGACCCGAGCAGAGAAGCUCGAGGAAGAGCGACGAUCUUUCGAGGAACGCAUGGAGGGCGGAGUCCUUGUCGAGCGGCGCGAGAUCCAGACAGAACUGACGCGUAUGAUGGACAAGUUGCUCGAGGAAGCAGCGCACCGUGGAAAGGCAGAGGCAGACAAGGCAACCAUCGAGUCAGAGCUAGACGAACUGUCUGCCACACUCUUCAGCGAGGCCAAUCAGAUGGUCGCGAUGGAACGUAUCACUCGCGCCAACGCUGUUGCCAAAGCAGUCUCGCUCGAGACCUCCUUGCGAGAUACAGAGGCAAUGAUGGUCAGCCAGGCCGAACAGUUGCGCAACCUCAGCACGCAGUUCGAAGAAGCAGAUGCAGAGCGGAAACUGCUCGCAGAACAGCUGGCUGCUGCCGCUAUAGGUGGCGCUGUCGUCUCUGGUAGCGUUGCAGCGUUAGCCUCCACGAGCAACCAUCAGCUGGACAGCCAGAAGGGCACACGCGAUGUCAAGCAGAAUCCUGUCUACCCCAAUGCGAUCUAUAGCAAUUCAAAGGGCGCGCUGAUGUCGUCAUCAGAAGCACUACGCUCCGCGAAUAACCUUCAUUCUGCGCCUUCGUCACCGUAUACAAGCGCGAUGCUCGGAUUCAGUCUGUCUCAUCCCUUGCCCUUGCUAUACACCGAUGUACUGCCAUAUACCGAGUUUAUAUCCUUUGUACGCUAUCUACGCCAAGUGAGACGACAAGCACUUGCCCGUCCGCCCUCGCAUCCCUCGAGCGAAUCUCGCAUAUCUUCAGGCACGUUUGGUUCAAUCUACUCGUCGACGAAGCACGAUAGCUCCGCAGCACCGCCCGUGCUCGGUCCCGUGCUCAAGGGAGCAACGCAAGAACAGUCCAAUGCGCUCUAUCAACAACUACCGGUUUCGACACAUACCUCCCAGGCGUUUCUCAAGCGCUGCAUAGAGGAAGAUACCGAUCCUGCCUUGCGUCUCGACCUCGCCCCUGCUCUCAAUUUUCUGAGCCGCCGAACGAUCAAUGCUAGCAUCAUAGAGGGCACAGUGAAUAUCGAGCCUGCCCAUCGAACCAUCCCAAGCGAUCGCUGUGCUCUGUGCGGAGCCGCAUUGAUACAGAAGUUCGGCGGAGGACAUAUCCGGGUAGCCUCUUCGGCCGAGGAAGCUGCAAGUGGCUCCGGCUCGCGUCCGACAGUUCGCAAAAUGCUGAAUUCAUCCUGGUCUUUCGGCCGGCCGUCAACGCUCUCUGGCGAGACUGCCAGUACGCCUGCCUCGCCGACGAUUGGCCACGGCUUUGAUCAUAAUUCGCCGAGCGGAGCGCAUCUGUCUAUACAUGUCUUCAAGGCAGGCGACAAUUCGACGACAAAGUACCCCUUAUGUCCGCACUACUGCUUGCCCCGCUUACGAGCAGUGUGCGACUUCUGGACAUUCAUCCGCUCGCUCGAACGGGCUCUGCUGCUCAACGAAGGCGUUGCCCGACCUUACUAUGAUGCGCCCGCAGAAUCAGCACCUGCUCCGCGCUCAACGCUGGACACGCCCGGCAGUCGCGUUGCAGAAUCUGGUUUAGGUCUGUCACCUUUGCAUAUCGAUCGUUCGCAGUCUGCACCGCCUGCAACUCAGCCAGACGAGCCAAGGGCCGUCAAGACACCGCCGCAGACGGAGGAGCCGACAGAGCCUGCAGACACUUCUGCCGAUAUCACCACGAACGGUCUGGGCGAUACGAGCACAGAGAUGCCAAUCACGGGACAUGUCGUUGAGCAAGGUGCUAAAGCAGCACACGCUGACGAGCCUGCCGCAAUGCCCACGUUGGAGACUUCCGAGAAGAAUUCGCCAUCUUCUGCGAGUAGCGUGACGGAGGGCUUUGAAGACGCAAGUGAUGCACACUCGGCAGAGCCAGAGGUUGCUCCGGCCGUCAGGGCUUCGCUCGUGGUCGAGGACAGUAAAGGCUUGUCCGCCUCACCUGACGCGACGCCUAUGAGUACGACUGUACAACUGCCGGAGCAAGCCAAAGAGACGCCUCAACCGCCGCCACUGCCACCUCGAGAUAUAAUCUCUACCAAGCCAGCUUCUCCCGCUCUUCCUCCACGCUCGCGGCCGCCGCCACAGCCUAUCUCGACCGCCAUGUCAGGCGCGUCAGAACAGCCGCAAGCUAUGACGCAGAGCGAAUGGGAAGAGAAGUGGUGGUCAGAGAUCGUCAAGCUCAAAGAGACCAUGUUCUGGUAUCGCGUAGGAGCUGCCUUCUCGUUCGCGUGA